CGCAUAUAAGCUUGGCAGCCGGCACAGCUCUCCCAGCGGCAAACAUUGCUGUGUUCUCCAGUUCCAUCUUCGGCAGCAACACUUCCCGGCUGUCCCGCCCGUCCCGAGGCGGUGUGAGAAGAGACCCGCGGCUUCACCUCUCCGCCGCGGCUGCUGCUGCUGCUUUCCCCGUGCACCCCCCGUCUCCAGCGGGGCGCGGAGGCCAUGUUCCCGCUGGGCUCCAGCUGGAAUAUCUCCUUCGCCGGCUGCGGCUUCCUGGGGGUCUACCACAUCGGCGUGGCCAGCUGCCUGCAGGAACAUGCCCCGUUCCUGGUCGCCAACGCCAAGAAGGUGUACGGCGCCUCGGCUGGGGCGCUCACCGCCACCGCCCUCGUCAGCGGCGCCUGCCUCGGUGAGGCUGGUGCCAGCAUUAUUCGGGUGUCAAAAGAAGCCCGGAAGAGGUUCUUGGGCCCACUCCACCCCUCUUUCAACUUGGUGAAGACCAUUCGGAUGUGCCUGUCCAAGACUGUGCCAGAGAAUGGGCAUGAGGUUGCAGCAGGGCGUUUGGGUAUUUCCCUGACACGGGUCUCUGAUGGAGAAAAUGUGAUACUGUCAGACUUCACUUCCAAGGAGGAGCUGAUCCAGGCCUGUGUCUGCAGCACCUUUAUCCCUGUCUACUGUGGGCUGAUACCUCCAACCUUGCGUGGAGUGAGAUACGUUGAUGGAGGGAUUUCUGACAAUUUGCCCCAAUAUGAGCUGAAGAACACAAUCACAGUGUCUCCUUUCUCAGGAGAGAGCGAUAUCUGCCCACGGGACAGCUCCACAAACAUGCAUGAGCUGAGAGUCACCAACACAAGCAUCCAGUUCAACCUUCGCAACCUCUACCGCCUCUCAAAGGCCCUGUUUCCUCCGGAGCCACAGGUGCUGCGGGACAUGUGCAAGCAGGGCUAUCGGGAUGCACUGCACUUCCUGAAAAAGAAUGGUCUCCUUCAUCGUCCAAGUCCUGCCCGUCCUCUCCUUGCCAUAGAAGCACCUCCAGGAGAGAAGAAAGAGGAAGAAGCAGAAGCUGAGGACCAACUAGAGGACAACACUGCCCUUGCUGUUGUUGAAGAGCACAUCUUCGAACACUUGCCUCCCAGACUGAACCAAGCUCUUCUGGAGGCUUGUGCUGAAAGAAGAAGUUUCUUGACUGGCCUCAGCAACAUGCUGCCUGUCCGUGUGGCCACAGCAAUGAUGGUCCCCUACAUGCUGCCUCUGGAGUCUGCAGUUUCCUUCACUGUCAGGUUGUUGGAAUGGCUCCCAGAUAUCCCUGAGGAUAUAAGAUGGAUGAGGGAGCAGAUGACAGAAAUCUGUAACUAUCUUGUGAAGAAAGCCAAGAAGAAACUGGGCAGCCAUCUUUCAGCCAGGCUUUACUAUCACCUCGAGCUUGGAGGGCCCCAGAACAUGCCAAUUUCUCCCACCCCACCUUGUGGUGAAGCACUGCCCAUGUGGAUGAGAAGCAACCGCUCGGUGUCUGAUGUCAUGAUGAAGUGGGAGGAGUACCAGCGCCAGCUCAUGCUGGGCUUGCUCUGCAUCAACGUGGACAUGCAAGCCUCCCUCUUCCCUCGGGAAGGGUUUCAGUUAAAGCUUCCAUCUCUAGACUGUGCAAAAGAGUGCCUGCCACUCUUCUGAGCCUGCUGCUGUGAGGGGGUGAGGGUGGGUGGGAAGGGGAAUGGGCACAGGGUGGGACCAGUCUCAUCCCUCAGCAGCAGGCUGCCCAGUGCUCCUGGAUAUGCUGCAAAGGGGAUUUCCCCGGGAUGGAGACUGGUGGAAUUGACUGUAGCCAUUUGUUGCCCACUGGGCUAGGCAAGGGACCUUUGUGUUCACAGACACACACAGGCUGAUUCCUUGCUCUGGCCUUGUGGUGAGGCCUGGCCAUUGCCUGUGGCCAGGCUGAGGCUGACCCAGCUGGACUCUCCCAAAUAGUGCACUUUGAAUUGCCACUGGCUUUUUACCGCCAAAUAACUGGGAUGUAGAUGACGCUCUCAAGUUCAUACAGCUUUUACCUCCCUUGGUUUUUCAGAGCAUGUGUCUUGAUUCCUUUCCUUUAAUCAUCUGACAACCCUUAGCUCUUUGUGCUACUAAAAGAUGAAGUAGUCUCUUGCCAAACCAGUUUUUCUCAUGGCUUUUAAAUCUCCUCUUAACUUUCUUCUUUGCUGAAACCAUGUCCUUUUCUCUCUCCUUUAAUUGCAUCCACACUGGAAGCCAGAGCUGGUCCUGCAGCAGACUGCACUGGAACUGCAGAAGUGUAAAAAAGUUAUGUAUUUUCCCUGAUGCAUGUUGUCCUGGUCUCUCCCUUUUUGAUUGGGGUCCUCAUGGAACUGCUGUGACUUGAACUCUGAGUGUUAAAUGAUUGAGCUUAUUUAAAGAAUUAAUUUUGACAGAUCUUUUUUUUUCCAGGGAAACAUGUUGAAUUUGAGGCCGUAUUCCUGACUCUGUGAAUGGAAUUGGUGUGGGGUAGUCCUGAAAAAAGCUCAGCCUGGCUAUCUCAGGAUCAGCUUAGCAGCUGAAGCAAUAUGAAGUGCUUGUAGAAAGAUGAGAAAUUGUGCAGGGCAUGUUAUUUUUGAGAUGCUCGUGGUGGAGUGUCACAGCAAGUGCUGGGGAAGUGGCUGCCUGUGACAGAGGUUAGUCGGGCUUUGUUCCUUAAGGGGCUGUACAACUGAGGCAAAUUCCAAGUGGGUGAUACAGAAGGAUCUCCUGCCAAACUGGGGCUUCUAGCUCUCUUUUGCUCAGAAAGUUUGGUUGUUGAGGCUUUGGAGUGAGAAGGAUUUAGGCUUGUAGCUACACCAGCAACACAGCUUGUCUGUCUCAUGUUGUGGCUCACAGGUCCUGCUCUGCAGCUGGCAGUAGCAGGAGCAUGAGAAGGGAAGUUAAGGCUGUUGAUGCACAUGCAGCUGCUUGGAACUGGCUCCUCUUUGUCUUGCCUCUUAAAAGCCCAGAGCUAGUGGGUCUGUAGCAGAGCAGGACUCUGCGUUGUGAGGCACUGCUUUCUCAGUGGUGGUCUGGUCGUGGCUUGUGUGAGAAGUAUGAACUCCCUGUUCUUCACAGGGUGAGGCAUGGCUUCCUGUGGGGAUUGCAAGGACUUAAGCUUAGGUCUUCACACUCUGGCAAACCCAGCUCCUGGUAUCUUUUUCUGCUGCUUGUCUAACUACGUGAGGCGUCUUCUACCUCUCCUAGCACACAGUGUGCAAUGGCCAAAGCAGACAUGUGCUGUCUUUGCUGGGGAGCAGGACAGGGUAUCUGAGGCUGAUUACGUAGCCUAUACGUGGAAUAGUGAUUUUUAAUAGACUCUGUUUUGCACCUUAGAUUUAGAAAGGGAAAAUAAGCCCAGAAGUUUUGCUGAGAUCUGGAGAAAGUAGUAAAUCUGCAUGAGCAGUGUGGGUAACGGGGUGGAUGCUGUUUCCUAUGAGCACAGUUGUGCACUGGGCAUGGGUUUGGUGUUUGUGUGGAGACUCUUGACAAGCAUCAGGACUUUCCUGCAGUGGCUGUGCCAAGCUGGGAGGCAGUGGAGUGGGCAGCUGUGAUGCUAACCCACUGCCCAGGAGAUGCCAGUGCAAGAAUGAACUUGUAAGUUAGAUUAUCACCCCACUGCCCUUGCUGGAUGUAACCUACCUAUGUAACACAAGGGCCUGUGUAGCUUACAAAGGAGGCCUGCACUUAUGCAGUCAGUUUUAGUCUUAAGCUUUGCAUAGUUAAGUCAGUUAGGGAACAAGGAAGUCACUACAGGAAGAGGAAAAAAAUUGGAGGAUUCUGAAAUCAGAAUAAAACACUGGAUUACAAAACAAGUCAAUCUUAUGAUUGUCUAAAGCCUGCAGAAAAACAUACUAGAUGCUAAUGGAAGUGAACCAGAAACAAGAUACUGCCACUUAGUGGGAGCAGGAUGAAUUUGAUGAAAAUUGGAACUGAGAAAAGGUGUUCAUUUUGUGGUUUGGCACUGUUUUGGACUACCUUCUUGUGGGGAAUGGCACAUGCACAGCUACUUACAUUGCUAAAUGCAUAUCUCUUGUUCCUAGUGCACACAGAGCAAUUGGCAAGAAUGUAGAGAUAUUUAUUUUAUCCAGAAGCAAAACAUCUGAGAGGGGCAAAACUGCAUAAGGAAAAUAUUGCAUUUAGAAGCUGCUGCCCUUUUCACUCUGCCUUUUUUUUUUUGAGUUAAUAUAUGGGUGGAGAAAAUGAUGCAAGGUUUUUUUUUUUUAUCCCUUCUUCCUGGACUGGUAAAACCACUGAAUGAUUAUGUAAGCCACUAAACUAUGAAACAAAAUACUCUUGGCAACAGAGUGUGCUAAGAAGUUGCAGCUUGGCACCCUUAUCCCUUGCCUUUUGCAUCAGAACUGGCUGGUCUGGUGCCGACUGGGCUGAUGCCACUGUCUUCCAGUGCUCUGAUCCAGAAGGCUUGGGGAUUCUGGAAUGUUCAUGCAUUUCAAGAGACCUACAGCUGUGCCUGGUAAAAGGCCUGAGUUUUGUUCUGUGUUUCACCUCAUCUGUAGUUUAACUUAUUAUAUUAACUUCUCAAAGAGAAACUUUCGUACACUUGAAACUAUAACCACAAAUCAAAGCCUGGCUUUAAAAAUAAAGGUCUAACUCUUCAAGGAGGAAAUUCCUGUUUUUCCUAUGCUAAUUUGCAGGGUGUGAAUGCAUAGUGGGAAAGUACCACUCUGUACUAACCCUUUCUUUGCCUGCUUUUAUUCCUCAAAUGUUACAGUGGCUAUUGAGUGAUAGCUUGUUGGCUUUAUAGAUUUGAGCUCUGAUAAAGGAACUGUAGAUCUGCCAAAACCACCUCAAACUACCCUCAUUUUCCUUUUGAAAAGUUUCACCUAUUUGCUUGAAAUUCUUGCUGCUCAUUGAUCACAGAUUGCAAAGGAUGGAGGAAUUAGGAAAGAUCACCUUUCCCACUGAUGUAGAAAAAGGGCUGUGUCAGCUGGUGAACAGCUUUUUGUUAUGCAGUGCUGCCUUGUCUAGAUGAGACCCCACUCUUUUUGAAAUCUCUGGAAACCUUGUGAUAGGCUCUGGAUUGGAUAUAGAGGGGUUUAUUGUGAUAGUGCUCAGUGGAACUGUUUGGCCCCUUGUUCUGUGUGUACCUCAUGGUGUGCAAAGUUAUCUUCUGGGCAGCCACUGCUGAUUAACCUACAUUUGCCAAGCCCAUAGGAACAAGGUCAUCUGUGGCAGUCAGUCCCUUCUUCUCCAAAAUGUGUGGCUGGGCAGCUCAGCAGGCAGUUGCCAGGGCCUGUCUGCUCUCCAGUGUAUGGUGAGUGAGAGCUCAGGCUCCUGGACAAAAAUUCAUCUUGCAAUCCAUGUCCAAUGGUCCUCAUAGCAUUCACUGGAUUCCUGCAGGAGUCCCAACCCUUGCCAUUUCCACUGUUUCACAUAAAGGGUCUGUGCAUUCAGAAUCCCCUUUUUUUUUUUUGUCCUUCCUGUAUUAUUAUUGCUGCUUUUAACAAGGCUAAUGGUGACCUUGGUGGUGUGCAUCUAACCAGCCCCUAACCUGUACAACACUGUAGAGUUGUUUUGUGUGCAACACUCUGUGCCUAUGGCAUGCUCUGUAACCCACAAUUAGUGUGUAGUGUAAUUGGUUUGGUUUGCUGCCUGCCCCACUGCUAGUACUGUUGCAGGCUGGUUUUCAAGGGAUGGGAGAAAAUACUGACCACUAUAUAUAGGACCUAGGAAUUGUUUUCUCAUGGCUUCUUGGAAGGCUGUGUACCUGCAACACUCAGACCAGAGAAUAAAAGAGAAUCUGCUGGGGUAUCCCUAGUACUUUUAUAUUCCCCAGUGGUUUUAUUAAUUUUUAAAAAUUAUCUAGUAAUUCACUACUUCCUUGGAGAAAAGAGCUCUCACUUUCACCAGAGCAGUUGUGGGAGAAAUAACCUGAAGCUCUGUGUGUGGUUUUCCCUCAGGUGGUGUCCAUUUCUGCUAAACAUAUGCCAGAUGUGGUGGGUGUCAGGGCUGCCAAAGUCAGAGGGCCUUGCCAACAGUUUUCUCAAGCUUGUUUCUCUCUUUUCCUUAAGUCAGUGAGAGAAUGGACCACCUCACCUGGCUGCCAAGUCAGCCAGCUUGUUUGUGCCAAACACAUGCUGUGCCUUUACAGUGGGCUCUGGCCUCCUGUCCCUUGGGUGUCUGCUUUUCUGAGUGCAGCAGGACUCCCUCUCCUCUCCCUCCUUCCCCUUGCCUACCAGUGGGACAGUGCUCCUUUUCUGGGCAGCUCCACUAUGACAGCCUCUGACUGUAUCUGUCUCACUCUGUGGAUCCACAUCAGCUCUCCUGCACAGGGAGGAGGAAACUCUAGUUCCAAACAGAAGACUUGGAAAUGUAACUUUGAAAUAAAUACCUCUCCCUUCUGGGGUUUUUCUCUUGUUCUUGAAAACAGGAUCUAAAGCAGCUCUUUGAGCUUUGUGUGUCCUGGGACUCCACUGCUGCCACUGAGUUUGAGAAGACCCUUAAGCACACAACACAUGUGGAGGUCCUGUGGAAAUCACUGGUGUCAGAGCAGCAACUAGACCAGCAAUAGCAUACACAUAUUUAUGUGGCAAUGUCACUAAGUAGUGUUCACAGUCACUUUAAAAGUUCAGUAUUAAAUUGUUGAUGCUUUUUUUUUUUUUCCCAUUUCUAUUUUCUAAUGUUUUGCUGAAGAAAAUGUUACUAUUUAUUUUGGCAGAAAUAUAUCUUCUAAUAAAAACUUUCUCAAUAUAUUUACCUGGCUGUGGUAGGCUGCUUGUCUUGCUGUUUAAAGGUUUAUUAAAUAUUUUUUGGA